AAUUACAUAUUUUAAAAAUCCAACAAUCAUGAUAUUUUUAAUUUUUUCUAGAUUGACCUACAAGAUGCUUCGAUACCCAUAUUUUUGUAAAAUCUAUAAAGAAUUUCUAUCAUGCUGGUUGGAAUCUGGCAUAUUUAAUUUAGGUAUCUGGCCAAAAAAAAUACAUGCUACAACAGAAAGAUGUAAUGAAUAUGAAGCCCAGGAGCGAACAGAUCAAACUGGAGCUCAGGAGUUCCAUAGAUGUCAAAAUGGAGAUUUUGAAGCUAUGACUAAAUUACAUAUCCCAGUAAUGGUGGAUGAAGUUGUUCGUUGUUUGGCACCACAAAAAGGCCAGAUUUUUCUAGAUAUGACAUUUGGUUCCGGAGGACACACAAGAGCCAUUCUACAGAAGGAGUCAGAUAUUACUCUGUAUGCCUUAGACAGAGACCCGACAGCUUAUGCAAUAGCUGAACAGCUUUCAGAAUUCUAUCCUAAACAGAUCCGAGCUAUGCUAGGCCAGUUCAGCCAGGCAGAAGCCUUAUUAAUGAAAGCUGGAGUGCAGCCAGGGACUUUGGAUGGAGUUCUUUUGGAUCUUGGGUGUUCCUCCAUGCAACUUGAUGCUCCUGAAAGAGGUUUUUCCCUUCGGAAGGACGGCCCCUUGGACAUGAGAAUGGAUGGUGGCAGGUACCCUGACAUGCCCACCGCAGCUGAUGUUGUGAACGCUUUAGAUCAACAGGCACUUGCCUCCAUCCUGAGAACAUACGGGGAGGAGAAGCAUGCCAAGAAAAUCGCUUCAGCAAUCGUUCAGGCUCGCAGCCUCUACCCCAUCUCCAGAACCCAGCAGCUUGCCAGCAUCGUUGCAGGUGCAUUUCCUCCAUCUGCUAUUUUUGCACGAAAAGACUUGCUACAACGAUCUACCCAUAUUGCUACCAAGACUUUCCAAGCUUUUCGAAUAUUUGUAAAUAAUGAGCUCAAUGAACUUUGCAUAGGAUUGAAGACAGCUCAGAAGUUUCUGAGACCUGGUGGUCGCCUUGUUGCCCUCUCCUUCCAUUCACUAGAGGAUCGCAUUGUCAAACGAUUCUUGCUUGGGAUAAGCAUGACAGAAAGGUUUAACCUAAGUGCCAGACAGAAGGUGAUACAAGCAUCACAAUUAGGUUCAAGUUAUGAAAACAAGGAAGGAGACUCUAUAAGCAGAGCCCCUUUAAUGUGGGAAUUGAUACACAAGAAAGUACUUACUCCAGAAGAUCAGGAUGUACAGGAUAACCCCAGAGCACGCUCAGCCAAGCUUAGAGCAGCCAUCAAAUUAUGAUAAAGAAAGUUUUCAUCAUGUGGUCCUUCAAGUUUUCACUCAGAGUUUUCUCUUCUUUUAUUGGAUAUUCCUGAAUAACUUAACAUAAGGAAGUAUGGGAUCUAUAGAGAAACAUGUACUAUAUAUGUGUGGAAAUUGAGGGUAUUUACCAUUUUUUGUCUUAGAAAGCAAAUCUCAGAAAUACUAGCAUGACACAGAAGGUUCAACUCAAGGAGAAGCAGCAUCCCAAAACUGGAAAAAUGUCUCUAUCUGAGCAUUAUAUUUGACUUUUGAAAUGUAGUCCUUUCCCUAAUCAUGGAAAAUUUUUAAAAAGAAGAAUACUAUGUGUAUUUAUUUAAGUAUGAACACUCAAACUGUCGGAAGAUAGAGAUUAUAAUUGUAUCUGUAUUUUCUAAGUUCUGAAUUUAGAUAUUCAGAUUUGCAACAAACUUUCUAUGGGUCAAGUAAUAAAUAAUAAAUAAGUAAAGAUCAUCAAAGAAAUUUUCAUUUCUAUUUAGGAGAAAUUAAUUAGUAAGUACCAUAGUCUUCUCAAAUACAGGUAUUAUGUAAAUUUUAAAUUUUCAAGUAUUAUUUUUAAAAUGCAUCAUACUGAGAAAUGUCACUUUUGAAAUUACAGAGUUCAUUGUUUUAAAGGAAUUUUGCAAUAUGAUAUGUACUAUAUUUUUAUAUAUUAUAAAGUAAAAAUGCAAAAUUGUUCAAUAGCCCUCAUAGAGAAUGUUUCAUAAAACUAAUAUUUAAAGUCAAUUAUAUUUUAAUAAUAUCCCAGAAUGUCUUUGACAAAUAAUAAAAUCUGUCAUCAUUUGAAUCUGGCAUUUUUUAAUUGAGCUAUUCAAAAUAAUUCAACCAAGUCUAUUGCAAUAAAAUAUAGGGCAUAUUAAAGAUAUUAAAAUGAAUGUGCCCUUUGCCUGGGUGGCUCAUUUGGUUAAGUGUCUGACUUCAGCUCAGGUCAUGAUCUCACGUUUUGUGAUUUCGAGCCUGGAAGCGGGCCCUAUGCUGACGGCUCGGAGCCUGGAGCCUGCUUCGGAUUCUGUGUCUCCCUCUUUCUCUGCCCUUCCCCCUCUCACACUCUGUCCCUCUCUCUCAAGAAUGAAUAGACAUUUAAAAAAAAAAAGAAAGUUUAAAAUGAAUGUGCCCUUUAAUGUUUUUAUUUACCCAACAUUACUGUAAUAGUAAAAUGUUUUUUCAGGAGACAUUCACUUGGUAGAGGAUUCUUAAUGACAUUGAUUCAUAAUUCACGUAUAAACUUUUUAUAUAUAAAUAAACAUUUCUAUUUUUUUUUUUUUAAUUAUUCAGCAAGCAUUGAACUAGGCAGAGAAAUAAAGGUGAGUAAAGUAAGUAAAGUAUGUCACAGUAUCUGGCCUGUAGAGUUUAGAGUCUAGUGGAGAAGAGUGAUGGUAGUUAAAUAAUCACAAAAGUCAAUGUAAAAUUAACACAGUGGUAAAAGCUACAAAGAAGCAAUACAGGGAUACGAACAUCUAGUAGGGAUUUCAUUUACUGAAGGAAACCAGGCCUGACAACGUGAUGCUUGAAUUAUGACUUGAAGGAUGAAUGAGAGAUAUAGUCAAAGGGUACAAUGGCAUGUUGAAUAAAGGUGUAUAUAAAUGAUUGCUUUCUUAAGUAGUUCCUGAUAUCAUAUUUAUACUACUAAUAUGCUUAGUAAACUAUUCAAAUACAGGGAAAAUUCAUUCUCUCCACUAUGAUGACAUUCUGAAUUGGUGAGUACAAGUGAAUAAAAUAUUAACAUAAUUAUGGGCAAAAGAUAAGAAUUAAAUACUUUAAUUCUCCUUAGAUUUACUUUAUCUACCUCUGUGAUAUUUAACUUUAGUUCUCAAGCUUGUGCGCCACUUUUACUUUAUUUUUUUAAAUUUUAUUUAUUUAUUUUGAGAGAGAGAGAGAGAGCAGUGGGACAGGAGCAGAGAGAAGGAAAGACAGAUUUCCAAGAAGGCUCUGUGCCAUCAGCACAAAGCCCGACGCAGGACUUGAACUCAUGAACUGUGAGAUCAUGACCUGAGCCAAGAUCAAGAGUUGGAUGCUUAACUGAUUAGCUCACCCAUGUGCCCCACAACUUUUACUGUAUAGGCUGUAUUCAAGUCUGAGCAAUUCUGCAGUGAAAGUAAUUUCUAGUUAUGCAGAAUUAGAAAAUAUUCUAGGGAGCAGUGUCCUCAAUUUAGAAAGAAAUGAAUGUACCCAAGUUAAUCUGCUAAUCUUUUCUGAAAAACAAAUGUUUUGCAUGUAAGUCAUAUUUGUGAAUGAGAAAAUUCCAAAAGGUGAAUUCCUGUAUGAGUAUCUGAUUGGAAUAUAGGAGAUCACACUCACAUAUAACAAUGAUUCACUUAUUCAUCAGUCAUUUUUGGAUCCUGUAUAGUAUGGGAAUUUUUUCUUUAACAUUGAAUGGAAAGUAACUGCACUGGAUUGAAUAGUGUUUCCGCUCCAAAAUUCAUGUCCUUCUCAGAACAUCAGAAUAUGACCUUAUUUGGCACUGUGGUCACUACAGAUGUAAGUACUUAAGCUGAGGUCAUACUGGAGCAGAGCAGGCCUUUAAUCCAAUAUGUAUGGUAUCCUUCUAAGAAGAGAAGAAAGACAGAGACACAGGGAAGAAUGUCACAUGAAGAUAAAAGCAGAGAUCAGAAUGAUACAUCUACAAGCCAAAGGACACCAAGGAUUGCUGGCAACCAUUAGCACCUAAGAGAAGCAUGGACGAGAUUCUCCCUCAGUCUGAAGUGGGAGCCAACAAUUUUGCUGACACCUUUAUUUCAGACCUUCAGACUCCAGAACCACGAGACAAUAUGUUUCUGUUGUUCAGAGCCACCUAAUGUGUGGUAAUUUGUUACAGCAGCCCUGGGAAGCUAAUACCGUGAUAGAAAAAAAUCUUGAAUAUUCAUGAAAGAAAUCCUUUCUUCAAUAAAUACCAAAUUAGUUUCAAAUGUUGUAGUGUAAAAAUAUAUGUUAUUUUCUGUAACUAGGCUGUUUGCCACAAUCAUUCUUGCCUGGUUCUUAGUCUUUGCUGUAGGAUGUAUAAUAAAAUACAUGAAUGAGUUUAUGCUGGAAAAUGUUUUUGUGAAAUUCAAACAGUACAUACAGAAAAUAAACACUGGUCUUAAAAAUGAA